GUUCUUGCUGCGGGGCCAGCCCGGGCCGUGGCGGCCUAUGAGCAGCGCGCUGGCGAGCGCGGCUAGCAACGGGGUCGCCGGGCAACGGGAGGCAUCCGCGCACCGACAGCGACAGGGGAGAGAGAGAGAGACGAGUUCUUUAAGAAGAUGGUCGGCUCCACCCCAGAUCUCGGCUCUCUCUGUUUGGAGUCCCGUGGUAUCCCACUGACUCCGAGACCCCAGUCGACACCGGGGAAGCUUUUAUGGCGUAGUUCCAGUAGUCGAGGUUCUCUGCAAUCAGCUCCAGCUUCGUUGAACUCUGACUCGGAUGUCAACAGUUCUAUCUCAAAAAUCGCGCACAUUCUUUCUCAGCGAGCCAGGGAAAAGCAAAAUGACUUGAGAAGAGCUUUUGAAGCUAAUGACAUCGAUCGGAACCUGACCGUCACCAAAGGCGAAUUCCGCAAAGUGAUCGAGAGGUUUUUGCUGCCUCUUAACUCGAAACAAUUUCAGGAUCUACUUGCAAAGAUUCCAAUCAACAGUGAUGGGACAGUGCCUUACACGGUAUUUCUGGAGAGAUUUUGUUCACCUGAUGAAUCCCAAAUAAGAAGGGCAAACAGCAGGACCAGUUCUAUCAUCUCCAAUUCCAAUUUGACACCAAAGCAAAUUGAGAAUUACCUGAGGGACAAGAUCCUAAACAAUUUGAAAAACCUCAUAAGAGCCUUUAAGUUGUUUGAUUAUAACAAGGAUGAACACAUUCAGUGCUAUGAACUUCGAAGAGUUCUUGAGAGUUACUGUCUUAGAAUGACGGAUUCUCAGUUUGAAAGGCUUUGUUCUCGAUACCACCUGUCUAGGACGGGAGCAGUGAAUUACAUGCAGUUUCUAGCGAAGCUGGGCAUCCCUGUUGAACCCUCGAACAAACGCAGCACAGAAUGUGUGGCACAAGCAAUGAACUGGGAAGAUGGUGUUCAGGAACAAGAAAAACAACCCAAGUUGCAACGACCAAUGACUGAGGAGUCCCUCGGAAAUUUAGCAAGUUUAUCAAGGGAUGAAAUUGAAUGGGCUUUUCAUAAAAAGUUGCAAGCCAACUAUCACAAUUUAUUGCAAGCUUUUUCAAAUUACGAUGUGUCCAAAAGUGGCUUCAUCUUAAUGCAUGAGCUCCAGACAGUUCUCAACAAGUUUAUAUGUCCUACGAGCAAUGAAGUCUUUGAUCAAAUAAUGGGAAGGUAUAAAAUUGAAGCCAAUGGCAAAGUAGCAUGGAAACAAUUUCUACUGAGCAGUCCUGAUGCAAUGCCAACUAAAUGGGCCUUGCCCAAGCAACAGCUAAACAAUAGCCUUUCAUCUUGUCAUUGUUUGAAUCCUGGAGGACCGUGUGAGAACAAAAAGAACACGGACCUUCUCCAGAAGCUCCAUAAAUAUUUCCGGGAGAGAAACACUGCAGGAGAGGAGAAUCACAACGGCAUCAUAACUCGACAAGAACUGCGUCGCAUUCUGCAGUGUUUCCCUUUUCGACUAAUUGAUGAGGAGAUUAAAAUUCUUAUGUUAUUGCUGGAUCCAGAGCACAGUGGCUAUUUUCACUGGAACCAGCUCAUGGAAUUGACUGAAGAAAAAAAGAACCAAAAUCUUUUGAACGGAACUAAAAAUGUCAAGAAGGAUACCCCUGUGGCAGCAGUGUGGAAAACUGUGGAGGAUAUUCUGCGCGACAAAAUUAGAAACAAUUGGGAUGAAAUACAAAAGUGUUUUUUGAAGAGCGAUCCCGAGAGAACUGGGAAAGUUAGCCUUGCUGAUUUGCGGAAGGUCAUUGAAACUCACUGUCUUCCUAUUUCCGAUCAGCACUUUGAUAAACUGUGCAAGCAAAGGACCAACAACGUAAACAUUUCCUAUCAGCAGUUUCUGGAUAAUCUUGGGUUGACCGACAUGCCAAAAAUCACCACCACUGAGGUACCUGCACUCAAUCAACAGCAAAAGAGGCUUAUAAAGAAAGAGAAUGAAGAUGGCGUAUUUGGCAAGUUAAUGCCUUUGAAUGAUGUGAAAUCAGAGCUCUGGUUACGCAUUAUCUACUGUGACAGCAACAUUCGGAAAAGUUUCCUCGCCCAUAAGAACCAGUGCAGUGGCAAAAUCAACAAGGAAGGAUUCAAAAAGGUGCUGCUAGAUUGCGGCAUAACCAUGGAUGAACUCCAGUUUAACGUUCUAGCCAAUGUACUGGGAUUCAAGAAUCAAGACUUAAACUUCUAUGACUUCUCUGAACGUUUCAAAGAUUACAGAUCUGCAAAUUCAACUAUUCCAAUAAAACACUGUACCGGUGAAGGCCUUGACUGGAAAUUGAAACGCACGAUUGCUGAUGAUUGUUUCCAUCUCAUCUUGGAAAAAGUGAAACAUUCAUCUUUGGACCUACGUUCUUUGUUUGAUCAACUGGACCGUAACCGUGAUGGAUUAAUUACAAUGUACGACUUUCGUACGCUGCUUGACAACUGCCCACUUACAAUCAUGGCGACGGAGUAUCAUCGGUUUUUGGAGAUGUUGGGACUUCAACCUGAUUCAAGACUAACCUAUUUGGAAUUCCUUAGGAUAAUUAGGGUCAUUGAGACCAAGCUGGGCCUCUUCUGGAAUAAAGCGGCUUACAGCUCGAGAGAUGAUCCAGAUAACACUUUCCAGCUGUGCGAACAGGCCCAUGACUACCUAGCUCACAAAGCCAAGACAAAGUGGCACGAGAUGAUCAAGGGUUUUCAUCGGAUUGAUUCUGAAGGUAACCUCAUUGUGCACAAGAAGGACGUAAGGGAUCUCUUAUGCCGGCCCUGUUGGCCAAUUUCACCCAAGCAAUUUGAAACAUUUUGGUCCUGGUAUGACCCAGAUAAUAAAGGGUAUAUGACUUACUUUGAGUUCCUCCAGAAGCUGAGGAGUAGGUUUGGAUCACACUUUCAGAUAGACAAAAAACAAGUUGCUCCAGAGACCAAAAUCAACUCGAUGGACGAGUCCAAUGAACAACAUCCGGUCCACACAGACAGCCCGCAAAAACAGAAAGUUCAGACAGGCAGAUUUGAUAUUCAUGAGUUAAAAAAACAGCUCAAAGCUAAGUUCAGGGAUCACCACAAAGGCUUCAUUGAGAUCUUUUCUAAACUUGACAAAUGUAAUGAUGGCUGCAUUACGAUAAGUGAUUUUCAGAGUGUGCUGAAGGACCACAACUACCAACUGGGACAAGAUCAGCUUAGGCACCUCCUAGUCAGGUUGGAAAUCCCCUUGCACAACAGCAAGUUUUCAUAUCCUCAUUUCUUGCGAGCCAUUGAGGGUGUUGAAGACAAGACAAAGCACGUAAAUCCACGUGAAAACUCUGAUGUCACUUCUCCAGAGAAAGCGAUCGCCAAACUAAAGGGAAUGGUGGUCAAAUCCUAUGGAGCAUUGUUUAAGGGCUUCAAAUCGUUUGAUAAACAUGGAAGUGGAAAGAUCAACACCUUGGCCUUCCGCCAGGUGCUCAAUAACGUAUGCUUCAGAAUGACAGACCGGGAGUUCAACUACCUCCUCAGCAAAUUGAAAUCAAACACUGACCACAUGGUGGACUGGCUUGACUUCCUGCAGACCUGCACCGUAUACAACUACAAGGCUGCAGAAGCACCAGAUAGAGAAAAUCAUACGUCUAGACCAAAAUUAUCGGCGCAGUUAUCAAUGGCCGAUAUUAUGUCCCAUAUUCGGGAGGUUGUCAACAAAUGUCUCUAUGUUGUUACUCAAGAGUUUGAAGACACUGACUAUGCAAAUAUAAAAGUUAUUUCCAAAAAGAACUUCAAAGAAAUAUUUUCCAAGCACUUUAUGAGUCUCUCAGAUGAGCAGUUUGAAAACCUGUGGAACCAUUUGCCAGUCAACGAUUAUGGGAAUCUCGAAUACCACAAGUUUCUGAAGCAAUUCAGUGGACAGGAGGCCCUGGAGGUAAAGACUAGCCGAGCAGCUUCUCCAACAAAGCCGCCAAGUGCGAGCAGGUCUUCCAGCGCACAGAGCUGCAAAACACCAGUAUCUGCCGAGAGUAAUGAAAAGUCGAUCGAGUUGUCACAGCGAUUGGCCUCUGUAACGUCUUCCGUGAACUGUGAGGCAAUUGAGCAGAAGCUGAAGAAGGAUAUCAAGAAAUUCUGGAAGGAGAUACAAAAAGAAUGCAGAGAAAAAGACACCGAGAAACAAGGUGAAAUUGAUGCUGCUGAUUUUCAUGCUAUAUUGAAGAAAUACUGCAUGUCUGUUAAACCAGAGGAGUUCCAGCAGCUGGUGAAGAAGUAUGAAAAUAAGAACACUGGAUACUUCACAUACAAUGAAUUUCUUCAGCAACUUGUUUUGUCAAUGGGGCAACUGGAAACGAACCCACUGCAGAGAAUGAGGAUCCCAUAUCCAAAGGUGCCGAUGAGCCCCGGAACAGAACAUGAUACACUUACUCAAUUAAUGAUGCGGGUUCAACCAUGCAUAACAAAAUGUUGGAAGCUGAUGCGUCGAACGUUUAAAGCCUAUGACGAGACAGGGAGUGGCUACCUCUCACUCUUUGUAUUUCGACAGGUGCUGCGACAGUAUGGAAUCAACCUGUCCGAGGAGGAAUUUUACUACCUGUCUUCCUAUUAUGACAAGCAUCUGCAAGGAACCAUCUCGUACAAUGAAUUCCUGCGUGUAUUCCUCUGAUUACACUAGGCUCUACCUGUAUUUUUAAAAUGCAGCUUUUGUAGUGAUAUGGCACUGUUUUUGGAUGGUAAAGCUAUCUUCUAGAUUGUUGACAGCAGAGUUAAUUUUGACCAGACUAUUUUUAAAACUUUUCAGAGUUUAGGCACUAUUAGAGAAGUAUCCUUUUUUUUUUUGCAGAAUCCUGCGAUAUUAAGUAAAAAGACAAAGAAAUAUUACAUAAGCAAAGCUGAAUUAGCCAGUCACAUAAAUCUGUAUUUAAUAAAAAUGAAAGAAGAAUGUAUCAUCAUGUAUUACUCAGGUAAAUUUAUGAAAAUGUUCCGGUGACUGAAUGCCACUGGCAGGAAUAUUAGCAAAAUAAUUCUACGGUAUGCAACCAGAAAAAUAAAUCAUCUUGACAAUG